ACAACGCAAAACAACAUCACUCACUCUUUCGCGCGAAAGAAGCAACCCGAACUCAUCGCCCGAAGGCCGCCUCCUCCCUCUUUAUUUCUGGGGUUUUUGAGCCGCCAAACCUUCUCAAACGAAACUCUCGUUCUUUCCCGACUCUCGACCCCCGCCUCUCGGAGAUGCUCCCCUCGCGAGGGACUCUCCCCCAAGCGGUCCCGCUCUAAUGUUAGCAUCCAAGGGACCCCGAAUCCCAUCCCCCUGUCUCCCCCAUUUCCUCUCUGUUCGAACCAACCCCACCUCCUCCCGCGCCGCCGAGACCUCUUCUUCCCUCCCCGUCCCCGACUCCGACUACGAAUCCCCUCCUCCCCCCGACGCUGCCUCCGCCCACUACUCCCUCUGCCUCUCCCUCCUGCACCGCCUCGACCGACGCGGCAUGCCCGCCGCCGCCGCCGCCGUCGUCGACCGCCUCGUCGCCCAUUUCCGGCUCCCCACCGCCGUCUGCGCCGUCGACCGCGCCGCCGCCCUCGGCCUCCGCCUCGACCACGGACGCCUCCUCCGUUCCCUCGUCGCCUCUGGCCAGCUGCUCAAGGCCGAGGCCCUCUUCUCCCAUGCAACCAAACGUAACCCUCUGAACGAUCCCUCAGUGCUCGAUUCCAUGACAGAAUGCUACUGCAAGCUCGGGAAUUUGGUUCAGGCGAAAGCGCAUUUGAACCAAUUGAUAAAAAUCGGAUCUUUGCCGUCUAUAAAGACGUAUAAUGCUUUGCUACAUGCUCUUUGUUCGGAAUUUAAGUACUUGGAGGCUCUGGACCUCUUCUUUCUAAUGGCCGGGGCCGGUGUUCUCCCGCCAUUCUCGGCUUUUAAUCUUCUGAUCCCUGGGUUGUGCUUGAAAGGGUACUUGGACGAGGCCCGCUACCUGUUUGAUAUAAUGGCUGGCGUGGGCUUGCGCCCCACUGCCCGUUUGUUUAAAUCGAUGGUGUAUGGGUUUUGCAAGGGGAACAGGGUCGUGGAGGCGGAACAUUUGUGUAGAGUGAUGGAGUCUCAUGGUUUUUAUUUGGACCGAGUAAUGUGCACUGCACUUGUAUACGGCUACUGUAAGGAAGGAAGGAUGGAGUUGGCUCUGAAUGUCUUUGAGAGAAUGAGGGAGAUGGGCAACCCUGGGCCUGAUGUCUAUGCCUACAACACAGUGAUCUGUGGGUUGCUCAAGCUGGACUAUAUUGAUUCAGCAUGGGAGUUCUACAACCAGAUGGUGGAGAGAGGCUUGAAACCUAAUGUUGUGACCUACAAUAUGAUGAUUAGUUGGUACUGCAGGAACAACAGGGUGGAUUGUGCACUGGAGCUUCUUCAUGCCAUUCGUAGGCAUGGCUUAGCGCCAAAUUUACAGUGCUACACAGUUGUGAUUACCACUCUCUGCAAGGAAAACAGAUUAGUAGAGGCUGAGCAUUUGUUUGAUAAGAUGCUAAAGAGGGGGCUUCUUCCUGAUCACAAGAUGUUCGUUUCACUAAUCAAUAAUCUUCCAGAGUGUCAUGAGCCUGCUAUAGUUGUCAAGAUUCUGCAGGCUUUGGCAAAGGCAGAUUGUAAUUUUGAUUUUUCAAAGUUAUCUAGACCAUUUGGUUCUUCUUCAAAUGACGCAUUGCAGCAGGAUGCCGAGCUUCUAUUUGAUGAGAUAAUGAGAAGUAAGGUACUUCCUGUUGAUGUUGUUUUCAAUAUCAUGAUAAGUGCUCUGUGCACAGAAGGAAAAUUCAGUGUUGCUUGUCAUUUGAUGGACAAAAUGGUUGGUUGUGGAAGCGAACCUUCAAUCUCAACUUACAAUUUUCUUGUUCGAUAUUUAUGCAAAGAGAAUCGGGUGGGGGAUGCUAGAUUACUCAUUGACCUUAUGCAGAGUAGGGGAGUAGCUCCUAAUCUUGCUACUUAUUCCAUUAUCAUAAAUGCUCACUGCAAGCAUGGGGACAUAGAUUCGGCUUUUGGAGCCUUUAAUCAAAUGGCUGAGCAAGGCUUCAAGCCUACUGUUGCUAUUUAUGAUUCAAUAAUAGGUAGUCUCUGCAGUGCAAAAAGGCUGAAGGAAGCCACAUUAACAUUCAACAGAAUGCUUGAAGCAGGGGUCACACCAGAUGAAGUUGUGUACACCACACUUCUUAAUGGCUAUUCUAAGAUGGGAAGGGCAGUUGAUGCGUGCCAUCUUUUUGAUGAGAUGGUAGAGCAUGGGUUCCAGCCCAGCUCCCAUGCUUACAGUGCACUUGUUAAUGGUCUAAUUAAGAAAAACAUGAUCAGAAAGGCCUGCCACUAUUUGGAUAGGAUGAUGGAGGAUGGAUUUCUACCUGAUACAGUUCCUUACACAAUGCUAAUCAAUCAGUUCUUUAGGAAAGGUGCAGUUACCUUAGCACUGGAUCUGGUUGAUUUGAUGGUUAGAAGUCGGAUUGAACCUGACCUCACCACCUAUGGAUCAUUGAUUAGUGGGCUUUGUAGAAACAUCUUGCACCAAGGUAGGACACCUCCUUUGUUAGCUCAAAAAUUGAAGGAAGCAAGAUAUAUGCUUUUCAGGUUGCUACCUGAAAAAAGUGCCAUCCCUGCAAAGAUGAACCCAAGGGUCCGUUUUAGAUCUACUGAGAAAAAUAUUGAGCUUGCAUUGAAUGUAAUGCAAGAGCUUGUAGAUAGUGGGUUGAUGCCAGACCUACAUGUUUAUAAUGGGAUGCUUAAUGGACUUUGCAGAGCUAAGAUGAUGAAAGACGCUUAUGCUCUUAUACUAUUAAUGCAGCAAGAUGGUGUUGUUCCCAACCAGGUGACUUAUACAAUUCUCAUAAAUGGCCAUAUCAGAUUGGGUGAGAUUGAUCAUGCUAUCCAGUUAUUUAACCAGAUGAAUGGGGACGGAUAUACCCCUGACAAGUUCUCUUACAACACACUAAUAAAAGGUUUCUGUUUGGCUGGAAGAGUGAUUGAGGCAUUAUCACUUUCUCAAAUGAUGCAGAAGAGAGGCCUAUUUCCCAGCAAGGUUGCAUUUGAUAAAUUAGUUAAAUCCGCUUUUCUUGAUCAUUCCAAUGAUCUUGCUGUCCAGCUAUUUGAGGAGAUGCUUUCACAUGGUUAUGUGCCAUGGUGCAGAAAUUAUAACAGAUUGCUUUGGAUGCUAUUUGAGAAUAACAAGUUGUGGGAGGCUUACAGAAUUUUCAAUAUGAUGCUACAAAAAGGAAAGACACCAAAUCAAGAAACAAAGAGACAUCUGUUAGAGGUGUGCUAUAGGCAAGGACAAAUCGACAUGGCUCUUGAGAUAGAGGAAAACAUGCCCAUUUAUCACUAUGAUGGUUCAUUUUAAUAUGCCUCAUUUUCAUUCAGCAUCAAAAGUUGCUAGCAUGGUGCAUGAGGGUUUUGAUUGGUCAUUGGGGUGUAUAUUUCUUCAAGCACUCUUCUGAAAGUAGGUUCAUGUGAAGACACCAUCUGCGCUCUAAGAUGUUUGUAUCAUACAGUCAAAUCAGCUAGCCUCCAACAUCAAACAAAUCUACGCCAAGUUUUGGAUGGCCCUAUACCUGUUAAUAACAUUUUAGAAGGCAACAACAAGAAUUGGGGCGUUCUGAAUAGUCAUUGGUGCUUUAAUCCAAGCCCCUGGCUUGGAAAAAGAGACGAGAAGUUGGAACACGGAGAGCAUCAGGGAAAGGGUUCAUGCAGAAUGCAGGCAGAAUUGGACAUCAGAACCUUUCUAACAUGUGGUGUCAUAUUGACAGCUUAAUUAAGGAUGGUCGUCAAGUUUGGUUACCUGGUAAAAGAAUCCACAAAAGCAGACAGUUGACCCGUAAGCUAAUGCAAUGUCUCAGGUCAGGUUCUAUUCAAUGGCUUAUCCAAGUGCACACAAGACCAAGUGCCAUUUGACCGAUGAAAGCACGACCAUGUGGAUACGGACCCGUACAUUAAAGGAUCCCCCUUUGGUGGUUGAAAUCCUUCUAAUAAUUUGAUGGUUAUUUUUUCUAAUAAUGCACUGCAUCCUAUAUGGCGGACGAUCCUCUGGACAUGGUGGCGGCAGGUACACCCGUACGAAGAAAGCAACUCCAGCGACUUUGGUGGAGAGAAAAUAAUCAAAGGAAAGAGCCAGGGCGGAGGACGUCGUUACCCGAUUUUUUUUUCAAGCGGUCGGUGAUAGACUCCAUUGUUUCUGCUAUAGGAUUCGGCCCUACAUCAGUUGCUCUGCCUUAAUUGAGGGGUCUGCUAGUGCUUACACUUCCAGAUAAUAACCAAUUCCCGUUCUUUCUUGUCGUUAUGAGGCAAGAUAGAGUCGUUAGGUACCUUACCGUCAUGGAGGCUGCAUUAAAAUCCAUUAAGAGUUUGUCAAACAUUUGAAGAGUAGGCAUUACGUUUCUUAGACCAUUCAAAGUGCUUGCUAUUUGCUGUUUGGGCUUAUUUUAACCAUUCUGACGCGUGUAGAAUUUUUUUUCUUUGUUCCCA